UGAACGGAUACCUAGGACAAGGACAAAACUCUUAACCCCAACUGGAACUAUAUCUAUAAGCAACGUAAAAAUUGAAAAACAAUAAUGGAUGACCAGCCCAUGAGCCAACGUUGUCGUGACAUCCUCAUAGACAACCGCAUGAGCAUCAUUGAAGACCUCGAUGUGAAAGACGUCUUGGAGUAUCUCUUCCAAGAAAGAGUUCUAACGGAGAGGAUGAUGGAUGAAAUAAAGGCCAUACCUGAGGAGAAAAGACAAGACAGAGUGGCAGAACUUCUCGACAUUGUCCCAAGACGUGGCGACAGGGCGUUCUGGAUAUUCUGCGAAGCGCUAGAGGAGUAUCCACAUUUGGUCAAAUUGCUGAGGGAGGGAGAGAAAAAUGCCCCACCUGAGUUUCCUGGGCCUAUGGAAAUACCUCCUACCGUCGAGGCCUGUGCCAAGAAACUGAGGGACCAUUACCGGACAACGUACAACAAGUAUUACCCACUUAGCUGGUAUGCCUUUCGGCGCCUGGACACAGCAAAAGUCUACAUACUCAAUCAGCUGACAAGAGUUGACUGCUCAUGGGCAGACAAGAUGGUUCCAGUAUCAGAGGAUGAGCUAUCGUUCUCUGAUAUUGGAUCCGAGAAUGAGCAAUCAUCAUACGAUGAGAAAACAUGGCCAAACACACUGCUUCAAGGCCCACCCGGGACAGGAAAGACAACGUUUAUCUUCCACCAGGCGUACAAAUGGGCUACAAACGAGAAUCCGAAGCUACAAGACAUCAAGCUUCUGUUCGUUGUGUCAGCACGAACCAUGGGGGAUAGAAACGUGCUUGAGGAGGCCUGCGACCAGUUGCUACCGAGGGGAUUUCUCGGCGAAAAAAGUGCCAAAGACCUUGAGAAAUGGAUCGAACUAAACCCAGGCCGAACCAUGUUUAUGAUCGAAAACAUAGACGAGACUCCAAACAUUACCGAGCAGGACGCAAGGAUGCCAUUGAAAACGCAGAAUCCAGUCCUUCUCUAUCUGCAAAGAAAGUAUCUGCCCCAAACUCAGAGGGUGUUUACAGCCAGAAGCACAGAACUAACAACUGACGGAUCAAGACCAUUCCAUAUCCCCCCGCUCUGCGAUGCUCACUACAUCUUUAACGGCUACUCGGUAGCCGCAAGAACCGAGUACAUUGAGAAGUUUUUCAGCGACGAUGAUGAGAAGGCCCAGAGCUUGAAAGACGCCAUCGCCGUGGAUGAAUGUCUGCAAGAUAUCACCAGGAACCCUCUGUACGCGGUGCUAGUUUGUAUUUUGUGGGAGAAUGACCAGGAGAAGCCACGCACAUGUACGGAGAUUUUCAGCAAGGUGAUAGACCUCCUUGAGAGAAACUAUCUCGAACAGUCUGGUCAUACUUUGACCGGGAAAGUUGUGAAGGAAAGUCUUCGCAAACUUGCAAAGUUGGGCUGGGAUUCAAUUGAACGCGAUGAAUAUGACUUCAGCAUCGACAUAGUCAAAGACAUCAUUGGCAAUCUCCUUCCCGUCGAGAUAGGCUUGAUCGUAAAAGACCCCCUAAAGUUACAGGACCGGUACAAGUUCCAACACAAGACAUUCAAAGAGUACUUCGCCGCAAAGUACACAAUGACCAGGCCAGAGCACGACGACUGUCAUCGUAUGCUGUGGUCUCCCGGAUGUAUUAGUGGGCAGAAAUACACCAAUGUCUGCUCCUUUGCGGCUGGGAUUCUACAAUCUUCUUGCCAACGGUUUUUCGAGAAGAUGCAAGCAUGUCUUUUGGAGAUGAUGCGUAAGCAGGCACCAAAGUGUUGCAUUCACGAUGUCAUCACCCGUGCGUGCUGGGCCGUGAGUGAAUCCGGUGAAAUGGCAGUGAAUGCUCCUCUUGUGGCUGAGUCCUUGCCCGAGGAUAUCACCCUUGACUUUCAGCGCAGACCGCCCAAACCUGGAGUCAUUCGUGGACUCGCAGAAGUGGUCAAGGCUCUACCUGCCAAGACGCUUAAAGCUGUGGAUCUUGGAGAGAUGUGGAUUCCACAUGCAAAUGAGUUGAAAGGUCUGGGAAAAGCUCUGGCCCAGACCAAAGGUAUCAAAUCUCUGUCUGCAAACGUAACAAGAAUGGACAUGUCUCUGUCCAAUCCGGAAGAGAAGGACAAUAGUGGAAUCCUGGCCUUUCACCAAGGGAUCGCACGGAAUAGAAGCAUAACGCACCUGACAAUCGAAGCCAGCAUCGACACGAUGAGCGAAGAAGCCAUCAAGGCAAUACCCAAAGCGGUGCAGGGAAAUACAACUGUUACAAACCUUCGACUUCUUAUCUUCUUUGCAAAGCUGUGUUCAGACAGAUGUACGAACAAAAUUACCAAGGGAAUGAAGGCGACUUGUAACAGGGAACAGAAUGCCAAGGUCUUCUUUAAGUCCUUCGCGGAAUCGUUGGCGUCUAACAAAUCUUUGCAAUCUCUACAGCUCAGCAGCUAUAUCCUUCGCCACAGAAUGGCUAUAGAUCCACUGGCACCAGCGAUAGCAAAUCACCCAUGUCUGAGGUCGCUAACCGUAUCUGGUCCAUGGAGCGGUCGAGGGCACUUUGAACACGAUGGUACAAACGCUCUGGCACACAUUCUUGAGAAUACAAGGAACCUUUCCUCUGUGACCAUUCGAUUACAGUCUUUCAGCACAACAGAAGUGGACACAGACCGCGCGAGCAUUCUCUUCGAUGCCCUCGGCACUUGCAAGACUCUGGAAAAGGUCAAGCUCGUCUUUACCUGGAUGUUCGCACGGGAAAAGCUCCUGGUGGCAGAUUUUGUCAGAGAAAGCCAAACCCUGAAAGAGUUGACGUUGGAGUGGAGAAGCAUGAGCGAAGCCUUCCUCCUCGCGCUGUGCGAAGCGAUCAGGCAGCGAGCAACGGGAAGCCUACAGAAGCUGGUGUUAACGGGGAGGUUCGCGGCCAGAGGGCAGGCUGAGCUCGGGAGGACAUUUGCCAGGAGCAAGACUCUCCUGUGUCUAGAGCUGCACGGGAAUCCUUUCAUAGAUGAAGGACUACAGGCUUUCAUUGAUGCGGUGAGCGAGCAAGUGACAGAGAUCCAAGGCUCUUCCCGUGAGGUGGCUCGUCUGGUAUUGGUGAGUGGGACGGUAGAGGGCGAGCACUCAACAGAUGUGAUCCUAGCUACUCAGCUGACGGAAGCGACGCUCGCUGACUCGCGCAACAUCAACAUUGUGAUCCAGGAUCUAACCCCAGCUCCACCAGAUCCGUUAACAUAUGUUCCAAUUGGACCAUCAUAAGCACCAGUGUAGACUAUGUAGCAGGUUUGAACUACACAUGCACAGUGUAGGGUAUUGUGAGUGGUUGUGUGUGUGCGUGUGUUUGUAUGUGUGUGGUUAUUAGCAGCAUUGAGAGAUUCUUCUUUUCAUUGAAGAUAUGAUAAUACAAGACCGAUUUCAAAAGAAACACUAACGUCGUGUUAUGUAGAUAACGUCAUCAACUAACUAUGACGUAAUGGAGGAACUAUGUAAGUUCGUCUACACAGGUUUUAUCCCUAUUCAAAUUCUAAGGGAAAAUAAGCUAAUUAUUCUUGGUCUGGUAAAAUCGUCCGCCAUCUUGGAUUUUGACCGAUGACAUCAUCAAAUUAACAUAAUGUAUGCAUAUUUAAUUAUGAAAGAUAUGGCGUUAUGCGAGAUGGUGUUAUGCGAGAUGAAUUUUGUACUAGUAUAAUACGCUAAUAAAAAG